AUGAUGCUUUGGGCCACUCUUUGGUGGUAUUUUCAUUUACCGGAGCCGAAUCGACAUCUCUACACGCCUGAAUCUGCGUUGACACCCGAGGCUGGGCGCCCGAAGGGGGAUUGGCGCGUGUACAUCAAGCAGGAGGGCGUUUUGAAAGGUCGCAAUCUGAUGCAAAAGCUGGAGCGUAUGGGCCUGGUGACGAGUGAAGAUUCGUCUGUCGGUCUUGAUCCUGCCGACCCCGAAACGCAAAAUACUUGGGGAGAGGUGUUUGUGAGCCGUCGCACCUUUUGGCAGUUGGAUCCACGCAUUUUCCUGUUCACUUUACAACCCGUCUCCAUUCCGAACUCGCUGGACUCACCGCGCAUGUCUCGACCGACUUCUCCCUCCAGAGAUGGCCCAACUUCUUCUCCUAGUUCUGCAACUGUCGCACUUUACCCCGAGGGUCCUGCUUUCAGCCGUGGCCCAUUCGACUCUUCGAGUCACCUGCCUACCUAUUUCCCACCAGCUCCUCCGACCUAUACUGUCACAAACGGAGUACGUCACCCCAAGCGUCCGAGGCCGCCUAGACAAGGCGAAACAUUCUAUGUCCGAUACAUCCGAAGCGUGGGACAAACCCUCUCUUUCCGAGUCCCAGUCCUUCGAGCGAAAGAGUCCGUAAUGCUAAGAGAUUUGAAUAUCGGCCGUCGCAAAUCCGCGAGCACCACUUCUCUUUUCGCAGAUUUGGGGUCAUCGGGCUGCCGGACUCCCAAAACUGAGAACGAAUCGGACCUUGAUAUUUUGCAUAGAUGGAUGAACGACCCCCGGAUUAAUGCUGCCUGGGGCGUAGCGGGACCACGUUCGACCCAAGAGGGUUUCCUACGCAAACAGCUUACCUCCUGUUUCUCCUUUCCCGCACUUGGUUGCUGGGAUGGAAAACCCUUUGGAUACUUUGAGAUCUACUGGAUCAAAGAGGCUAAUAUCGCAAAAUUGGUUCCCUCUCCGGUAGGCAAUUGGGAUCGCGGAUUCCACUGCUUGAUUGGCGAAGAGGAAUACCGGAGUUCUCAUCGAGUGCAAGUGUGGCUUACUGCGCUGGUACAUUUCUGCUGGCUUGCGGAUAACAGGACGGAAAACGUGAUUUUAGAGCCAAGAGUCGACAAUGAGAAGUUAAUUUCCAGCCUUCGUGCAGCAGGCUUCUACAAAGAAGGCGAAGUGAGCUUCCCACAUAAACAAGCUGCGGUGAUGAAGAUAAACCGCGAUAAUUGGGAAGCUCCGGUGAUAUGA